CGACUGACACAUCGAAUCGUCACCCAUCACAAAUGACUUAUCCAUUGUCCGAAUAACCCUACAACACCCCUCUCAAAUUUUCGUGCAAAAUCCCCAAAAUGUCCCAAAACAGAUUUGGCUUUCAACGGCCCACCAACGUCACAGCAUCCACCUCAAGAACAUACAGAAUCCCUGGCACCAAUCUCACCAAGACAGAAACCCACACAACAGUGACAGAGGUGAAACAAUGUCCCUUUAAUCCACCUGAAUCCGGACCUUCGGGAUUGCCGCAGCCCCGAGGAAUUCCCCAAAGGUCUAUGCCAGGACCAGGAAGACAAGGACCGAUACCUGGACCUGGAUCACAACCUCCAAGGGCCCUUCCCCAACCCGUGCAAUCUGGAAUACCAGCACGCGGUUUACCUAGACCUGCUGCGGGUCGAUCAAUACCCGCCCCUAGACAAUUGCCUCAGCCCGCACCAGUGGGUGGUUUACAGCCUCCAAGAGCUAUUGCCAGACCGUCAGCUCAAGGUAUACCGCAGUCCAGACUUCCUCCAGCACCUGCGGGACCUCCCCAAGCAAGACUUCUUCCGCCUCCUCAGCAGGAGAUAGCGUAUAGAACUCCUGAAAAUGUCCAAAUUCCACGUGAGCCGGCGCCUCAAAGGGUAGAAAGGCAGAGACAAAUCAGACCACCGAUGCCUUCUAGGCCUCAUGGUAUAGCUGGAGGUGUUAGGGAAUCUAAGUUGGCCAGGCCUAGCAUUCCAGUUAGACCACAAAAACCGUCACAGAGCCAGAAUGAGCAGCGUGUACGCGAAAAUCUACAAAAUAUUGCAGCUGGGAAACCCGAAGGGAAGGUAUCUGCCAAAGGUAAAACAAUAUCCAGGCUCCGGCCCCCAUCGAUACAAACCCCCAUGGGUCCAGAGCCAGUCCUGCAGAAAGCAGUCUUCGAACAACGCGUCGAACGAGACACAAGAGGCGAAAGGAUAGUGGAAAACCUCGUGGUCGCCGAUUUGGACGAAGCCACCGGCCAAAUGCAGCAAAUAGAGCUGGGCGUCCAACAGCUGGACCCCUCUCAUCCCAUGGACGAAGGCAGGGAAGUCGUAGGAGUGACCAGCACAGUAUCCGUCACCGCCUCCUACACCACAGUGGAGAAGGAAGCUCUCAGGACGAUAACGCAGCCUCUGGACACCGGAGCGGGCUUGGAUCCUGCCAUGGUGGCCCAACUGGUGGAGCAAGAGAAGGAAGACGUGGAGAAUACCUUGAAGAUGAUCCCACCAGACCUCGACCUGACUCCGGGCAGACACGAGCUCAAAUCCCGGCUGCAGCAGAUGAGGCUCAACUCCGAAUCCAUGGCGCUAUUGGAGCAGUCGAUCAUCCAGCCAGAGCCCACAGCUGAUGAGGCUCAGACCGACCCAUCUCCCGAAGCCAUGGCCACCGUGAUGCACACAGUAGAAACGGGAGUUACCCCCCAAGCGGAUCCCGAUGAGGUUUUCCACUCGUUGUUUGCCGAAACCACCAACGAGCACUUCAUCAAACUUAGCUCGGUCACUCCAGGGCCGCUGCAGGACGUGGUGGUGCCUACGGAAGAGGUGCCCAAGGACGUCCACACGGAAAUAGUGUCUGCGGAGAUGGGACAGCUAGCCGAUCGCUUGGAAGGUAUCUCCGAGGCGGAAUACAUCCCCCACACGGACAUAUUCGCUCAGGUGAUGGAAGACGCUAAGAAGAGUCCCAGCAAGGGCAAGAACAAGCCCAAAGCCUUUCCCAUGAUCGUCAACGAGAGAUCUCUUUGGGUGAACGCCAACCUGGAGCACUUGGUCAACGUCAUCGGAGCCGAACCGGCGGAUGUGCUGGACCCCUACGACUUGGACGCUCUGGAUAGGUCUGGAGAGUUGGAGAAGGAGAUGGCACACGGGAUGGAGUACAUUGUGGACAGCGAUCCGGUGCAGUACGCGAGCAGGGUGCAGCUGAGGGGUACGCAGCUGCCCAGCUACUUCCCUGGGUACUUGGUGGCAUUGCCCGAGUUUGCUGAGACCGUUAGGAUUGCCAGGUCGCCCGAUGAAGUGUUCGCUUCGGCUUGGAAGUCUGCGCAGCCGAAGUACUUCGCGGAAGAGUCCAUGCACUCCACUAUAUUCUAGAGUCUCAUUUCUUAUAUGCUGGUAUUAUUAUUCUGGUUGUACUAUUGAUAAAUGGUGAAUGAAUAUUUCAGAUUUAAGAAAUAAAAGUUGACAAAACAA